UGUGUUUUAUUUCGGCCGCGGCUGGUCACGAUGGCCGUGACUUUGAAAUAUAUCCUAGUGUGCGUAGUUAUAAUCUGUGCAAAUGUCAAAGCAGAUAAAUCCACAUACAAAAUAUGCGUACCGAAGCAAUACCUAAAGGCCUGCGAGGAGAUGUUAGAGGUGCCGACAAAAAGCAAAGUCUCUUUAGAAUGUGUCCCCGCAAGAGAUAGAGUUCAAUGUCUAGGUUUCGUUCAGCAGCGUCAAGCAGAUUUAGUGCCAACCGACCCUGAGGACAUGUAUGUUGCGUCUAAGAUGCCUAACCAGGACUUCGUCGUGUUCCAGGAGUACAGGACUGAUGAGGAACCUGAUGCGGAGUUCAGAUACGAGGCGGUCAUUGUUGUACACAAAGACCUGCCCAUCAAGAGCUUAGAUGAACUGAAAGGAUUGAAAUCAUGUCACACGGGAGUUAACAGAAAUGUCGGUUAUAAACUCCCUGUCGGUACAACUCCCGCCUCGGAAUCCCCAGAAAACCCUGACGAGUUCGCGUAUCUCUGCGUGGAUGGGUCUAAAGUACCGAUCAGGGGUAAACCUUGUACCUGGGCAGCCAGACCUUGGCAAGGAUUGAUAGGACAUCAGGACGUACUCGCCAAACUAACACCUCUGAGAGAAAAGAUAAAGCAAUUGGCUGAUUCUGGUGCAAGCAGCAAGCCUGAAUGGUUCCUCAACGUAUUGGGACUAUCGGAGAAGAUCCACCACGUAGCCGACAAUAUUCCAAUCAAACCGGCAGAUUAUUUGAAAAAGGCGAACUACACAGAAGUUAUUGAAAGAGGUCAUGGCCCUCCGGAACCGGUAGUCAGAUUGUGCGUCACAACGUACUUGGCGUUAGAGAAGUGCCGACUGAUGUCGGUGUUCGCGUUCAGUAGAGACAUUAGACCGAGGAUUGACUGCGUUCAGGAGGAAUCAGAAGACGCCUGUCUUAAGAGUGUGCAAGACAACGGGGCGGACCUGGCCGCGGUAGACGACAUGAGAGUGGCCUCCGCCUCCAAGCAGUACAACUUGCACCCCGUCUUCCACGAGGUGUACGGCGACAAGAAGACUCCCAACUACGCCGUCGCUGUUGUUAAGAAAGACUCCAAUGUCAAUAAAAUUGAAGACCUCAGAGGGAAACGAUCCUGCCACAAUUCUUUCGGCAGCUUCAGUGGUUUAGCUGCUCCGCUCUUCUAUCUUAUCAACAAGAAACUCAUCAACUCUGAUCAGUGUGUAAAGAACCUUGGAGAUUUCUUCUCGGGUGGAUCUUGUUUACCCGGUGUUGACAAACCGGAAAAUAACCCAAGAGGCGAAGACGUAUCUAAUAUGAAGAAGCGUUGUUCCGGCGACGGCAGCGCCCUCCAAUGUUUGCAGAAUAACGGCGACGUUGCAUUCGUUUCCAGUGCGGACUUAUCCAAAUUCGACGGAUCUCAAUACGAGUUGCUUUGCCUAAACCGCGAAUCCGGUGGCAGAGAUAGUUUCGCCAAUUUCGCGACUUGCAACGUCGUGAUGUCGCCGUCGCGCACCUGGCUCUCCGCUAAAGACUUCCUCUCCGACGUAUCGAUAGCUCACGCACCUCUCAGUCUCGCUGAACUAUUGGACACUAGAAGCGACCUCUUCAACAUCUAUGGAGAAUUCUACAAGAACAAUAAUGUUCUGUUCAACAAUGCCGCAAGAGGAUUGGUGACCACUGAAAAACUAGACUUCGAAAAAUUCAAAACAAUCCACGACGUUCUCAGCACAUGUGGAAUCGCCUAAAUAUCCUUAUUAACUACAUUGUAAUAGAUUUUUAUAA